AUGGCAACCUUCAGAGUGCUCAAGGUGCCACAAAGCGACAACGACAAAGAGUUCGUCUUGCUACAGGUCUCGUCGUCGGGCAAAAAGCCCUUGGAUCUCAAGUUGAUUGGAACCGAAGGAGAAGCACCAUAUGUGGUCAAAACCACCGUCCAAACCGAAGCCUCCAUCUCCAUCACAGUCCGGAAGCAAGUACAGGGCAUUACGCAACGGCUCGGCACCAUUACUCUCUCGCAUGACGCCAACGAGGCCAUCGAGCUGCUGGAAUGGUGCGCCGCCUCCGCAGACGCCGUCGUCGCCAGCAACCAGGCGACUGCGCACGCCCAGUCCCAGGCCGCCGAGCGCGAGGCGUCGAUCCAGCAGCUGAAGACGCAGCUCGACGAGCUCGUGCGGGCCAAGGACGAGGACGAGACGGCGCUCCUGCAGAAGUUCCGCGACUUGCUCAACGAGAAAAAGGUCAAGAUUCGCGAGCAGCAAAAGGUCCUGGCGUCGCCGGCCUUUUCCGUCACCAGGGGGGAGCCCGAGCCCGCCGAGCCGUCCCCGGAACCCGAGCAAGAAGUCGCGCCUAGGGCGAGGGCCGCCAGAGGCCGCAAACCAGCCGCCUCGCGGGCGAGCAAGCGGAAAGCGGCCGCGCCCGUCAAGGAGGAAGAGGUGCUGCCGGAAGAGGAGCCGCGCAUCAAGUCGGAGCCAGAAGACACCGAAGACGGCCACACAACAGAGGCGACGGCUUCGGUGGACGAUGACGAGGAUGAGGAUGAGCACAUGGCGGGCGACGACGGACAUGAGGAAGCCGUGCCAGCACCACCACCGGCCCGUGAACAAAGCCCGCCGAAAAAGGUCGCCGCGCCGCCGCCCAAGAGAGCCCUUCCGUUUGCGAAUAGGAAACCAAACGAGGCUCCUAGGCCAGCUGUGCCGACUGGCGGGGCGGAUACGGAUUCAGAUGAUGAACUGUACAUGAUACGACUACAUGCACGAUUCUACCUAGACGCAGUCUCAGCUUCCACGAGUGCCCUCCCUACUUCUUCCCGAGCAAAACAAGCCCUUUCACAAGCCGGCUUAGCUUCUAUCAUCCUCGGCAAACUUAUCCCGCCAAAAGGCCCUGUAGUGCUUCUCCCUGCCCAGCGCCGCCACGUCCUCGACCUCCUUGGGGGUGAGCUUGAACUGGGGCACGAGCUCCAGCACGCGGCGCAUCCUCUCGGCGCUGCUCGUCGUCGUGAGCGUCACGAUGCCCUGGUCGAGACACCAGCGCAGGCCGACCUCGGCCUCGCCGACGCCGUACUUUUGCGCCAGCGCCGCCCACGCCGCGUCCACGGGCCCGCCGCGGGCACGGAUCAGCGGCGUCAGCGGGCCGUACGCCGCGACCGCGAUGCCGUGCCGCCGGUGAAACGCGAGCAGGUCCACGCCGUGGUGCUGCAGGUACGGGUGGAACUCAAUCUGGUUGAUGGCCGGCACCACCUUGGCCGUCUCGAGGAUCGGCUCCAGGUGCUCCGGCAAGAAGUUGGACACGCCAAUCGUCCUGGCCCGGCCCGAGGCCUGGAUCGCCUCCAUCUCGGCCCAUUUCUGCUGCAGCGCCGCGCCGGAGCCCUCGGCGAACCACGGCCCGUGCAGCAGAUAGAGAUCGACAUAGUCGACGCCGAGCUUCUUGAGGGACGCGUCAAAGUGCGCCUGCGUGUCCGUCUUUUCCAGCGCCGGCAGCUUGGUCGUAAUGUAGAGCUUCUCGCGCGGCACGCCGCCCUCUUUGAUGGCCGCGCCUAG